UCCGGAUUAAACUCAUUAAAUCUGAUCAAAUAUUGAUUAAAAGCGGAUUAAUAUCAGGUUAUUACGCCGCCGUGCCGGCUGAGCGCGGAGCUGUAGAUAUCGGGUCUUUAAUGAAGCGCUGUUUGUGUGAGUGUCGCUGUUCAGAAGCUCGGCUUUCUCCGUUUUACAGUACUUUAGUUAUUUAUUUCAGAAAUAAAGACUCUGCAGUUUCACCAACAUCGGUUUUGAACAAAUCCUCUCAAAUCGAGUCGGUUUGUUUGUAAUCAGGGCUGCUGAACGAAGCUAAUCGCCAUAAUGUAGUUGCAGCACCGUUUAAGGUGGACCGGAACAUUCGAGUAAGAGGCGAACUUCACUCCACAGAGCGGAGAAAGUGUUGUUAAAGACAUCUGGUAUCUAUUUUGUGCAUUUCAGAUGGAAAAACAUGUUAUAAUAGAAGGAGUUCUUGAUGAUUUGCUUUAGUUGUUGAAUGUUAAGCUCACUAUUUGUAAUUAGACCAGAGUAAUAUCCCUGUAGGUAUAUAAAUAUAUACAUUUUGUAAAUAUUUCAUUUUCUUAUUGUUAAGUGAAUGAGAAAUUGUGAACAAGCAGCAAAAGGACAGAUAAAUAACCCAACUACAGCCUCGUGCAUCAUCAUAACACAGAGAUGAAACAGCAUGGAAAAUGUCGCCAUGGUGACCGCUGCCUCCCGUGCACAGGUUCUGUCCCUGUACAGACGUGUGCUGCGCAUCGGCCGCAGCUGGAGAGCGCAGAACGAACACGAGACGGAGAAAGAGAGGAAAUACAUCAGUGAGGAAGCACGAAACCUGUUCAGACAAAACCAACAGCUGACUGACCGAGAAUCGAUCCAGAGAUGUAUAUCUGAAUGUGAAGCACGAAUAGAAAUAGGACUUCACUACAGGAACCCGUAUCCCAGACCUUUGUAUCUUCCUCCGAUGGGUUUGGCCACUCAGAAGGGCAGGAAGCUGAGAGCCCAGCAGAGACUGAGGAAACAAGCAAAGCCUGUUUAUUUACAGUCACACGAUGAGACGUAACACACACACACUCACACACACACACAUUCUGUAUUAAAAUUGACUUGAUUUAAAUAUGUGCACCAUUUCCAUAUUGAUAAAAAAAUAUAAUUUAAUCACAGAGUUAAUGAGAGUGAGACACAACCCAAACACAUUUUGUUUUAGCUGAGUAAUUGUAAAAGUGUUUGAGCUAGAAUAAAAAUUUAUAUUAAAGUAAUCUUCACGUCUCUUCCAGACAUGAAAAUGUAAAUUUGAAACUGUCAAACUGCCGUUUGUGAGCAGUUCAGCUGAAAGCGGUGCAGACGUUACAGCUUCCCUGUGGUCUGGGUUACUGUAUCAGACUGAGGGGCUAAUGUGUCGAUGAGCUUUUCAACCUUAUUACAUAAAAUAUAUACAGUCAUAUGCACCAGUCUGAACACCCCCAGGUAAAUUAAUGACUUUUUGUGGAUUUUAUAAGUGAAAUUAAAUUAACACGUCCUCUACAGAGGCUCAAAAAGAAGGUCCACCUUGAUGUCUAAGUCUUAAGUGAUCUCAGAAUCAACAUCAUACUGAUGAAGAUAUGAUAAUAACAGUAUAUAAUUCACUCACAUCCUCAGAAGACGCUCCUUCACCAAGUUUAGACUGAGUUCUCUUUGAAUUCUCUUUUAAUUAUUAGAUUAUUCAUCUGUUCGGGGAAUGGAACCGAAGCACAACCCAUGUUAAAAAUGUGGGUGCAAUUACAUAUUUCCACCAGAGAGGUCUCCAAAUCCCCAAAACUUACACAGAGCAGCUUUAAAUACAUGAAAUUUUCAUCUUAUGUUUUACCCCACCUUGUGUUGUGCCCUGCUGUACCUACUUUUACAAAUAAAAUGACAUGAUGAAGAAUGUGUGACAUCAUUUAUGCUAUUGGGGAAGCAGAGUUCAAAGGCUAGUCCUUUAUGUUUUAAUUAAACAUUGAUGACUUCUUUGACAGCACGUCCAUCUCAUCACACAAAAAAAAUCAUGCGAUUCACUACUGAAAACAUGACGUUAGAAGGCGUAUCCAGGAUUACAGGGAGCGUUGCAGCCAGAUUUGUCUGAAAUAUUCCACCCUGUGAAUAAAAUAUAUAUUUCAACACUAUUAUUGCCUUUGGCCUUGUGUUGAUGUAAUAUAUUUAUGUCGAAAUGAUGUGCCAAUUUUUUUUGUCAGAUUAAUUAAUGCAGCACUUUUUUAUUGUAGUAGAACAAAUAGUCAAAAAUAUUUCACUUGUAAGAUUAAAAGUGUUAAUCAGGGAUCAUUUAAACCACAGCUGUAAAUGAUUUAUAAAGGUGUUUAUGUUGAAUUGUUUACAGUAAUUUAGCUCAGACCGUAUGUAUCAUUUAUAACGUCCAGCAUCUUAACACGCCGUCUUUAUUUACACUGUUUCUGUCUGUUUAAUUGUUCUCGUCUCUGUAUAUUCUGAAGUAUGAUGUAAGAUUUAUUUAUGCUUAUGUAAUAAAGUUCAAUAUGUAAUGA